UGGCGGCGCUGCCCGAUCAGGACUCGUUCUAUGAUAUGGUGGAUGUUCUGGAGGAGCAGGGCAUGGAGAGCGUGUGUGGCCGUUAUUUGGGCCGUAAGGGAAUGGAUCUGGAUCUGCUGAAGCAGCUCAGCGUCUACGAGGCCACUCUGGGGCACGAGGACAGCGCUGAAGACGCUCGCCGGGACAGACGGGCCGAGGGGCGGGGCUUGCAGAGACGCCGCAGCCGCAGGCAUUCAUUGGGCAGAUCAGGCCACGCCUCCCCGCUCAGCCCCGCCUCCCCACACCACGCAAACUUCCAGCCGUUUAACGGACAGGAGCUCAACGAGAGGUGAGACGACUCACUAGACCACACUCAUCCAAACAGACAGCAGCAGAUUUCACAUUUGUUAUCAAUUAAAAACAGUUCAGUCUAAUUAAAAUUGACUUAUUUACGGAAUAGUGGAAUCCAGUCACAAAAAUGGUAUUUAUAACGCAGGAUAUCAAGGGAUUUGGAAUAUUUUGGAGAAAUAAAUCAAAAGUAAAUUAGUGAAUAAAUGAAUU